AUGUCUCAUAAUGAUUUUGAGGGGAAAGAGAAAUGCCUGCGAGAAGAUCUGCAGUUCUACUUCAUGAACCCUUGUGAAAAAUACCGAGCCAGACACCAAAUUCCGUGGAAGUUGGGCUUGCAGAUUUUGAAGAUCAUCAUGGUCACCACACAGCUUAUUCGUUUUGGUUUAAGUAACCAGUUGGUGGUUGCUUUCAAAGAAGAAAACACUGUUGCUUUUAAGUAUUUAUUUUUGAGAGGCUAUUCUGGUGAGGAUGAAGAUGACUACAGUUGUAGUGUAUACACUCAAGAGGACACUUAUGAAAGCAUCUUUUUUGUCAUUAAUCAGUAUUAUCAUCUAAAGAACAUCUCUGUGGGGACCCUUGGAUAUGGAGAAAAUGAAGACAAUGACAUUGGCUUAAAAGUCUGUAAGCAGCAGUACAAGAGAGGGACCCUGUUUCCUUUAAAUGAGUCUCUGAACAUUGACAGCGACAUUGAGAAAGAUUGCAGUCACUUACCUCUCCUGAUCCUUUCCAAGAAGCCCCAGGAAUGGAAGAACUCACCAUUCUUCACACUAGAAUUUUAUCGCCUCUUACAAGUUGAAAUCUCCUUUCACCUUACGGGCAUCGACUUGCAGACGAUUCAUUCCCGAGAGCUACCAGACUGCUAUGUCUUCAAGAACACUAUUGUCUUUGACAAUAAAGCUCACAGUGGCAAAAUCAAAAUCUAUUUUGACACUGAGGCCAAGAUUGAAGAAUGCAAAAACUUGAACAUAUCUGGAACUAUUCAGAAAAAUACUCAGUACGUCCUUAUAUUUGAUGCAUUUGUCAUUGUGAUUUGCUUGGCGUCUCUCAUUCUGUGCACAAGAUCCAUUGUGCUCGCUGUCCAGUUGCGCAAGAGAUUUCUAAAUUUCUUCCUGGAAAAGUACAAGCGCCAUGCGUGUAAUACUGACCAAUGGGAGUUCAUCAAUGGAUGGUAUGUCCUAGUGAUUAUCAGCGAUCUCAUGACAAUAAUUGGAUCCAUAUUAAAAAUGGAAAUUAAAGCUAAGAAUCUCACAAAUUAUGAUUUGUGCAGCAUUUUGCUUGGAACAUCUACACUUUUUGUCUGGGUUGGAGUCAUCAGAUACCUGGGUUACUUUCAAGCAUAUAAUGUGCUUAUUUUAACGAUGCAGGCCUCCUUGCCAAAAGUUCUUCGCUUCUGUGCUUGCGCUGGUAUGAUUUAUCUGGGCUACACCUUCUGUGGCUGGAUCGUCUUAGGACCAUAUCAUGCUAAGUUUGAAAAUCUGAAUACAGUUGCUGAGUGUCUAUUUUCUCUGGUCAAUGGUGAUGAUAUGUUUGCAACCUUUGCUCAAAUCCAGCAGAAGAGUAUCCUGGUGUGGCUGUUCAGUCGCCUCUAUUUAUACUCCUUCAUCAGUCUUUUUAUAUACAUGAUUCUCAGCCUUUUUAUUGCACUGAUUACAGAUUCUUAUGACACCAUUAAGAAAUACCAAAGAAACGGGUUUCCUGAAACAGACCUUCAGGGAUUCCUAAAGGAAUGCAGUAGCAAAGAGCAAUAUCAGAAAGAGCCUUCAGCCUUCCUGUCCUGCAUCAGCUGCCUGAGGAGGGAAGGAAAUGAUGACCACUUGAUGCUCAUUAACUAA